AGAUUGAUAACAUUAAGAAAUCUAUUAUAUACAAUAAUUUUAAGCAAUUUAGUGAUUAUUGGAAGUAUAUAUUCAUUGUUGAAUCGAUUACAUGGUACUUGGUUAGGAAAUUAUUCGUUAUCGUUAAUUAUACUAGAAUUCAUAGAAACUUUACUGGAAUUAUUAUUCAUGUUGUUUUGCAUUUUCAACGGAUUCAAAUACAAAGACAUAUGGAUAGAUAUAUUUUUCAGUUUCAAUAAAAUCGACCGAGUGUUUUCUCCAUACAAAUUCAGAAUAAAACGCAGUAAAGUAAAUUAUAUAUUGAAAUUUAUAAUAUUUAAUAUGUUGUAUGCGGCGAUACACGUUACCGAAUUGUUGAUUUGGGAACAUAGAGAAAACCUCAACAACGAAUACGGAUACCUUCUGUACAGAAUCGUGAUGUAUUACCACUUUUUCAACACGUUCACCGCCAUGAGUAUAACAGACGCCCUAAACUCUAGAUACAAAUUUUUACGUUCGUUAAUGACGAAAACGUUCGCGGAAAGUGAAACGACAGUGAUUAUUUGUCAAGAUACAAAAAUUAUUUCUAUAAAAUUCACGAAAAUUAAACAAGUUUUUUGGUUACUGGACGGUAUCGUUCAAAAUUACAAUAACGUUUUCGGUUGGCCGGUGUUUUUCGGCACAAUAAUUAGUGUGAUUGUUUGUCUCGCCGAUUUAAAUAUAAUGACAAAUUUCGCAAAUACCAAGAACUCAUUCGAUAUAUCGGUUGCAGUAAUAAAUGCAUUGUAUUCUAUUAUAUAUUUACUUUCAACUAUAGCAAUAGUCAUUUCAUGUGAUAGAGUAGAAAAAACAGCCAGAAGAAUAGUAUCAGCAUGUUAUCUGAAACCAGGAUUAUUGGAUAGAACGCCAAUAAGAGAUGAUAUUAUAUUUUUUGCAGAGUUUACAGAAAAACUUAUUCCGAGCUUUUCGGCGGCUGGAUUUUUCCAAAUCAAUCAAAAUAUAUUAUCUACACUGUUUUCUGCUAUUAUCACCUACUUAAUUAUAAUAAUUCAAUUCAAUUUAGCUUUGUAAAAGGUGCACCUAUGAUAAACAGGUAAUAAAUAAAUUUAUAGACUA